GGGAGAGCGAGAGAGAGAGAGAGAGAGAGAGAGAGAGAUCAUUCCAGAGAUAGUGACGGACAGAGCGCUCACUCUGUGCUCCUAACUAUUAUUACUCCAGAGCGUGCAGAGGAUGUGUCGCAACGCCGUCAGAGGAUUCUGAAGAGACACCUGGGAUUUUUAUUUUCAUCGCUAACGCUAAAGGACAAAAUAAAUAUCACAUUUGGGAAAUCAGCUGAGUGACAAUGCCCGAGGAGAAAGUGUUUCAGCAGCAGGCGGUCCACAGCCCUCUGGAGCAGCAGAAGCAGAAGCAAAAGUCGGGCGGAGGCGGCGGCGGAGGAGGAGGAGGGCCGAUCCCCUGUCAGAACUGUGGGAAGCCCUGCAAAGGGGAGGCGCUCCGGGUCCAGAACAAACACUUCCACAUCAAGUGCUUCGUCUGUAAAGUAUGUGGUGUGGACCUGGCCCAGGGAGGCUUCUUCGUGCGGCAGGGUGACUACAUCUGUACUCUGGACUACCAGCGGAUGUACGGCACUCGCUGCUUCAGCUGCCAGGACUUCAUCGAGGGGGAGGUGGUGUCCGCCCUCGGCAAGACCUACCACCCCCGCUGCUUCGUCUGCGCCUCCUGCAAACAGCCGUUUCCAGCCGGCGACCGAGUGACAUUUAACGGGAAGGAGUGUAUCUGCCAAAAGUGUACCCAGCCUCUGCCUGCCAACAGCCCUGCACCCAUUCAGGCUGUGCACAACUGCUGCGGCUGUGGGAAGGAGUUCAAAAACGAGCAGUCUCUGGUGGCGCUGGACAAACACUGGCACCUGGGCUGCUUUAAAUGCAAAGUCUGCAACAAGGUGCUCAAUGCCGAGUACAUCAGCAAGGAUGGGAUCCCCUUCUGUGAGAUGGACUACCACGCCAUGUUCGGCAUCCAGUGUGAGAGCUGCAAGAAGUACAUCACUGGAAAAGUUUUGGAGGCCGGAGAGAAGCACUACCACCCGACGUGCGCCCGCUGCGCCCGCUGUGAGCAGAUGUUUGCAGAGGGAGAGGAAAUGUACCUGCAAGGAUCUUCUAUCUGGCAUCCUCCAUGCAGACAAGCAGCCAAACAGGAGGAGAAGAGCAAGAAGCAGGUCCGGAUACAGCUCAAUGACGUCCCUGAGCAGCAGGUGACCAGGACUUCAUCCGAGAGCAUCACUUCAGUCCCAGCCUCCAGCGCCUCGGGCUCCCCCAGCAGAGUCAUCUAUGCCAAGCUUGGAGAGGAGAUGCUGGACUACAAGGACCUGGCAGCUCUUCCAAAGACCAAGGCCAUCUACAACAUCGACAGACCUGACAUGCUGUCCUACUCUCCGUACGUCAGCUACCCGUCUGAGGAGAGGCACUACGGAGAGUCCCCCCAGCUGAUUUCUCCUACUCCCACUGAGGGUGACGGUGAGAAGUCGCCCCGUCAGCGGAGGCCCUCCAGCCCCAGCUCCAACAGCUCCAUGGGGGGUUACGGACGUUACACCCCGUCACGUUCGCCCCAGAACUACAGCCGACCAGGCCCAGAUGUCUACCUCAGUGGUAGAUACAGCAGCCAGGCCCGUGACACCAGUUCUCUCCCUUUGACUCCAAAUCUCUUGGGUGCUAUUAAGUACCCCUCCACCUGGGCUAGGGACUCAUCAUCUGUCCCUCCGUACUAUUCUGGUGGGGCUGAAGGAUGCGGUGGUGGUGGUAGUGGCAAGCACUCGCCUCUACCACCAGGUGGCAGUGCGGGCUUGUCUUAUCACCUAAACCCCACCACCCUGGCCAUGCUGCAGCAGCACAACUACAUCCCCUACUUCAGAGGCUUCAAACAGGACCCCUUACCUGACCCCAAAUCUAGGACCUCCCUGCAUCUCAGUUUACCUCCUCCUAACGGUAGUGAAAGUGGUCGAAGUACCCCCAGCUUAUCCACCUAUUCUGAUGGCAAAUCCCCUUCCUCUACUUCUACAUACAUGGCUGCUCCCCGGCACUUCCACAUACCAGAGACUAUGGUCAAAGAUAAUAUCUAUAGAAAACCCCCCAUCUACCGACAGCAUGCUUCUAGAACAUCCUGGCAGGAUGGGGAGGAUAGCAAGAGGACCAGUUGGAUGAUCUUGAAGAGUGAAAUUGACGGACACAUGGGUCCAGAAGAUCUAGACCCCAGCAAAUCCACACAUAGUCUGCCGACUGAUACCUCCCAGCCCAAUUUCCCCUACAAUAAAUCUGCAUCUCUACCCGGAUAUGGAAGGAAUGGCAUCUACAAGGCUGCAGAGAUGGUGGAGGAUGAAGUGGACCCAGACUCCCACAGCUGGGGCGGCAUGAGAGAAUACAAGAUCUACCCGUACGAGAUCCUGGCAGUGACGCAUAGAGUGAAAGUGAAGCUUCCCAGAGACGUCGACCGGACCAGACUGGAGAGACACCUAUCUCCCGAGGACUUCCAGCGGGUUUUCGGGAUGACCCUGGAUCAGUUCGACCGGAUGGCCCUGUGGAAGAAGAACGACAUGAAGAAGAAGGCCCGCCUUUUUUAAGACCGGAACACAAAAGCAACAUCUCAACUCAGCAUCCGAGCCGUCUGGAAAAGGAAGCAGAAAAACAACAACAACAACAACAACAAGAAAAAAAAAACAACCCAUCUGAAAUAUCUAUAUAUGCACCGCCAUGAUACCCUUACUGUCCACCUGUAAAACGCCAUGCCAUCUUGCCUGUGACGCCGCGGAGUGAGAGAAGGGCUCCGCGCUGCGCUGGGACAUUUUCACGACGUUGAGGCAGCAUUUAUCGCUUUUUGUAUGCAAUGUGGUCCGAAUGUCUGACUGAAAACCUUUGACAGAAGAGGACGAGGAGCUGCGUUUGCAUGGCCUGUGUUGAUGCUCCUCGCCUCACCUGGUUUCUGCAUCCUCCCCCCUCGACCGCCCGGCCUCCCGACGCUUUCAGACAUACAGCCCUGCAAACAACAACAACAGCUUUUUCUAUUUGUCAUGCAGGAAUCUUCCAGGUUCAGUGGUUCUGACUGUUUAAUGUGAUCCUUCUUCUAUCAUCGUGUCUGUCUCGACACAUCAUCGAAUCGUCCCUUUGCUGCUCUCUCUCUCUCUCUCUCUCUCUCUCUCUCUCUCUCUGCUCUCACUGUUACAUCUUCAGGUCGAUUCGAGAAUGACGAGGCGACUCCAGCUGCUCCGAUCAAAGAUAUCAAACGACGCACCUUACCACACGCUUUUCUUUUCAUUUCUCUUUUCACUCAGAGAGGUGGGGGAAAGACCGGUCGGGUAGUUUUGAUAAUAUGCGUGCCCUGAUGUGUUUGACUGCAGUCCCAUUAUCUUACAUAAGCAUCUCGUAAAUCCGUACAGAAAGAGAAAAGAGAGCCAGGAUCAGGCCGUAAAUCACAGCCGAGCGGAGAAGACGAGGGCUUCAUAAAAGCAGAACGCAGCGAGUACACAGGUGUCAAACAUGCAGCAUCGGCAGAAUGACGCGCGCUCACAUCGAAAUCAAACAAAAUAAAUUAUUUUUAUAAGCUAUUUUUGACUUCUGGGAAGCAUCGUUCAAACCACGCAGCUCAUGAUUUUUGUUACCAGACGUAAAAAUAAAAUUAAAAAAACACACUGACUCUGUUUGUGACGCUUCCUGCAGCAGCAUUUAAGCUAAACCAAGUACUCGGUUUCAGACGCUCUACCUGUGUUAUAUCCUCUCAGAGCGAGCUCGCACUCUUUAUAUGUUUGUCGUUUGAAAGCUUUGUUGCAUACAGUUAAAAACAAAAAAAGAAGAAGCUGCGGUCUGUCGGCUUUGCUCGAUGAUUUCCGGACUGCAAACUGAUCGAACAUACCGUGAGAUGUAUGUGAACAUAUACUGGACUUAUACCAGAUCUGUCUGUCUGUAUUCAAGCCAUGGUGUAUAACUCUUCAGGCGUGCAUGAGGGCGGGAACACGGGCUUCGUCUCGCUGGUUAGAAAUGUAUGAAAACAUUACGAUGUGGUUUGAGUGAUUUUUUUUAAAACGCCCCGGUCAGCUGCUUCCAUUUGCUUGUGUUAGGUAUUUAUUUCAUUAUGAAGGACGGGAUUUUAUGGUUGUAGUGUCAAAGUGCAGAAGAAGAAGAAGAAGAAGAGAAACAUAUCAUUUUGAGUUGAAUCGGAGUGUCCAAUCCUUUUUUUGUUUUGCUCUUGUAAGUAACACACUAACUGUUGUCAUAAAAAAAAAACUGUCAUGUCUUCUUUCUAAUAUUCAUCUGCUAUUAAAGUGCUUUAUCCAAACUA